GGGCGGGCGAGCCGGGGCGCCCCACCGCCGGACGCCUCGGGUCAGCCCAGCCGAAGCCGCCCGGAGGUGCGAGGGGCAAAUAGCUGGCUGGAGGGGAAUCGCGGCGGCCGAGCAGAGCUUCCUGCGAGCAGCCGCCUUUGUGUGGAGCGAGGCUGCGUGUGCGCCGCGCCGCGGCAGGCGUGGCCUGAGGGGCGCGAGUGCGUUUCCUCGCUCUCGGGGCGCCCGGAAGCCGCGGGGCAGCACCCGCCGCCGUGGUGGAGAGCUGCGCUGCGCUGCGCCGCUCUGCUCUGCGCGCCCGGGGCCGCCUUCGCCUCUGCCGCGUGUCCAUGGACUAACCCGGACAGCGGAGGGACGCCCGAGUGCGCCGCCGCCUCGCCCUCCGCCCGACCGGGCGAAACUUAGCGAGCGGGCUGCUGCCCCGGACAUUGUGCUAUAGAAGAUGCACUAUUAUCGAUACUCUAAUGCAGAGGUCAGCUGUUGGUACAAAUAUCUGCUCUUCAGCUACAACAUUGUGUUCUGGCUGGCUGGAGUGGCCUUCCUUGCGGCUGGUCUGUGGGCAUGGAGUGAAAAGGGUGUAUUGUCUGAUCUAACAAAAGUGACUGGUCUUCAUGGCCUGGACCCAGUGGUACUUGUCUUGGUGGUUGGAAUAGUGAUGUUUACUUUGGGAUUCGCUGGUUGUGUAGGAGCACUGAGAGAAAACAUCUGCCUUUUAAAGUUUUUCUGUGGAGCAAUCAUGUUUAUAUUUCUGCUGGAGCUGGCAGUGGCAGUCUUGGCUUUCUUGUUCCAGGAUUGGGUGAGGGACAGGGUCAAGGAAUUCUUUGAGAAUAACAUUAAGUCCUACCGAGAUGAUAUUGACCUUCAGAACCUCAUUGAUUCACUACAGAAAAUUAACCAUUGCUGUGGUGCGCAGGGUCCAGAUGACUGGGACCUUAACAUAUAUUUUAACUGUAGCAGUGAAAGCAAAAGUCGUGAGAAAUGUGGUGUUCCUUUUUCCUGUUGUAUACCUGAUCCUGCUCAAAAAGUUGUGAAUACUCAGUGUGGCUAUGAUGUCAGAAAGAAGAGCAAGAGCCAAUGGGAUGAUCAGAUUUUCAUCAAAGGCUGUAUCCUUGCUCUUGAAGCUUGGUUACCCCGAAAUAUCUACAUUGUUGCGGGUGUCUUCAUAGCUAUCUCACUGCUGCAGAUUUUUGGAAUUUUCCUUGCAAGGACAUUGAUUUCUGAUAUUGAAGCUGUAAAGGCAGGUAAUGCCUUCUGAAUAUAAGAGCACACACCUGUUGCAAAAGAAGUAUGUUUUACUGCUAUUGAUUGGACGUCAAGGUGAAAAAUGCACAGACCAUGAAAUGUGCCUGUUAUUAAAAGCCAUAUGUGGCUCUUACCUGCUUGUACUUUGUUACACACUGGUACAAAAAAGGAUCGAAAACACACACCUAUCUGCCUUUUUUCCAAAGGAACGACUUACUGCACCAGCGUUGCUCUUUGUGGAAGAAAUGAAAUACCGGAGGAACAGAUUUUUAAAGAACAUAGCAAGGAGAAGUAUAACUGCUAUAGACUUCUUCCUUGAAGAACUGCCUUGAAAAUUGUUUGUUUUUUUUUUUUUUACUCCCAACAGUUGUCAUCAAUCUAUGUUGUGAUCUUUUCUGAAGACAUGCUGAUCUCUUCAAAAUCUUGGAAGUGUUUUAAUAUCUAUAGAAGACCCAUGCAGUCACUGUGGCAAGAUACCACGAAGACAUAAUGGUCAUGGUAUUGGAAAUGAGAAAAGACUCACUAGUUUUCUAGUUCUUUGAGUCUCAGUUGUGCAGAAGUAGGGGAUACUUUUCUCCAACUAGGAAUAACAGAUGUCUCAGGAGCAGGGACUUGUGCUCAGCUUAAGAGAAACAGAGUAACCCAAGACAUUUUGAAAGAUCGAACAUUUUCUUAAGAGGGGAGAAAUCUGACCGUGUUAUCUAUAGCAUUAUAUGUUAGAAAUCCCUUUAUUUGAGGUCAGGUGAAGGGGAGAAUCUGUGAUGCUGCAUUUCCUUUCUGAAAAGCUUGUAAAUAGUUUUUAUUUAUAGAGGAAGAAAAAACUCUUUAAAACUGCUUAGCUUUUUUUCUCUUGAUCAAUAACAUCUUUUAAAAAUUGCUGCCUGCAGAAAUUUCAAAAUGCAGCUGUUUCUAGAGGUAGCUUUUCUUCUAGUUUCUUUCAGGCCCAUCUGUCUGACAGAAAUCCUAAUUGUUGAUAUCAAGACUGAGGAAGAACAUCGGCCAACAUUAAUUCCUAUUGAACUUUUUUUUGUCAGGGAAUAUAAAUUCAGUAGAAUAUUAGAAUUCUAUUUUUCUUAAAUCUUUUAUCCAGCUAUUGAGUCUUUAGUUCUGUUUGUAUUAUGAUGCAUGAUUCAAAUGUCAGGCCAGACACAAUGAUACGGUGACCAGAACUAUUGCCUCACAGUAGUAUGCUGCCUCAAACUGAACUACUCCUGUUGAAGUAAAAUUUUUCUUUGGCUUUUGUUGGAAGAAAACUAAGCUUUCUUCUCCCUCCACCCUCUGUUCUUGGGAAUUAAUCUUAACAAGAGUCCCAGUCUUUGCUAGAAGCCUUUGGGACCAGGAUUAUAGUAGCUACAAAAGUGUUGCUCUUCUAUUUUCCUUGCCGUGUUUAGCAUAGUAUCUUUAGCUUUAAGAGAUAGAAGUGUGUGACUGAAAACCACUUGGAAAUAGUUGUAACUGUCAGUUUUACUGUGGGCCAUAUACUAACAAAUUGUUUACUGCUUCCAGUGACACCUGUGUCUUUCAGGGAGAGCAGAUUUAUUUACUGUGCCUAACAUAGUGUAAAUUCUAGAAAAGUAUAUAUUUUUAUAAUGGCAUUUUACUACCUAUAGUCUACCUGAAGGAUUUAAUGCUUGUAUUUCCAAAGAAUAUAUAUGACUUUCUUAGGAAGCUAGACUUCUGCAUGCAUCUCUAUAAAUAUCUUUAUUUGUAUUAUGUAUGUAUUAAUGAAUGCUUCACUGGCAAAGGCUGAUCUAAAGUAAGAAUCUAUCUUCACUGAUCAUCUAUCUUCACGCUUUUAAUCUGUGAAACAUUUCAGACAGUGCUGUACUCUGCAUGUAUAUUUUAUUUGAGCUUUUACCGUUCUUUGAGCUCUUUGGUUAGUUUUUUGGCCAGUGAUUGAGACAAAAUAGGAGAAGGAAGCUUGUCUAAGGAUGGUUGAUUUCCUUAGAGUAGCAGAGAACAGUCUGCUGUUUUUCAUCUGAAAAACCUGAAAGCAAAGUCUCCAGAAGUGCACUGUGAUUCAAGCUUUGAUAUAGAACAAGGAAAAAAGCAGUAGAUAGGAGUUUACACGGUCACUGAGAAGAGGGCAAGAGCCAUUUCUUUAGAGCCUUGAAUUUGAAGUUUGUCCUAUCUGUUUACUUUAUCUAGUCCACUAGGAGCAGCCAAAAAUUUGCUGCUGAUGCUGCUACUUUGCAAGCAACAAAGCGGUGUCUUAGUAACCUUUGCUUUAAAUUCUGGUGCAAAGCUUCAUCAUGCAAUUUAUUCUGUUAAGAUUAUAUAUAGUAACCUGAUGCAUGUAAAAUUAGAGAACGAUGCUUUAUAUUUGUAAAACAUUGAACUGAAAAUAGCAUUUAGGGAAUGUUUCACUUUGCCUUUUUUUGAUGUAGACAGCUCCUAAUGCUGGGAGCAUAUUUCCACAGCUGGUGUAAAUCAUCAUAUCUUCAAAGGUAUCAGUGAAUUACAUACACUGAAAUCAGCUACUGACAAGGGCCAGUGUCAGUGAUCAGAAUUCAACAGUCUCUGCCAAUCUCACCAAGUUGCUUGAAGACAAAUGAAUGUUCAGAUUCUUUUUGAAGUACCAUUUAAAUGCAAAACAAUUUUUUUUGAAGUGUUACCUUUCCACAGUUUCUUAUUGGCUUUGGCUCUGUUAACAACAGCUAUGUAUCAAUGCUUCAGUGGUUUGGAACCUAAUUCAAGAAAGCAAAUUCAACCUAUUUCAGGGUCUUUAAAAUCACAAGCUUUUCUAUUUUCACAGUGGAUGUUCAUUCAGUAUCAUUUUUAAAACAUAGAGCAAUCAAGACUUUGUCCUAACACAUUUUAAAGUUCCCCCUUAUUGGUGAUAUACAUGACUAAUAUAAUUUCAGACUUGGACAAAUUUCUUAUUUUCUACUUAGUUAUGUUUAGUGCCUUUCCUUAUGGACCUGCAGUGACCUCAUUGCUGAAGAUUUAGGUUAUGCUUUAAACAAAUCUUGUUAGCAUAAGCAGUUAAGGCUUUAGAAGCAGACUCGCAUCUAAAGGAGAAGCAAAACCAUUUCACAGGCAGAGAUUUGGUAAGUGUGAUGUUGAAGAUUUCAGUGGUUGUUUUUCGAACAAUUGCACUAACACUACAAGAGAAACAAGGUUUUUAAUGAAGAUGUCAGAUAGGAGAUUGGACUUGAAUAACUAGACUGCGAGAAGGAAACUUAUUCAAUGUGAUUGCUUUAUUUCUCAGAAAUUAGCACAAUUUAUUUCUGUGAAUCAAUGUAUUUAUUUGCCAGUGUGUUUGACAGUGUUUCUUUUAAUACACCUGGAUUUGGACAGAGCUUUUCUGUAUGUGAAGAGAUGGGUGAAUGAGUGCUGAACAAAGUGAAGUGACCAAAGGAGGCUCUGGUCUCUUCAAAACCUGAAUGUUCCUUCUAAAGGGUCUUGAGUGUUGAUGAGCCUCUGUACCGUGCCAUUUGGAUUGAUCUGUACUCCAUGUCCCUUGAGGCUGAUGCAGCGAUUUGUUUAAUAUGCAGAGAAUUACCUUGUUUUGUUUCACCAUUUCAUCCUUUCCCUUCCCCCGUGAGUCAUCACGCAGCUUGAAUCUUGUUUUGCUGGUAGAAGGGGAGGUUCUGUCUUUUCUUCGGUCAUGGCUUUUCUGAGUGACUUUCAGUAACUUUCUUUUUUUUGUCAAGCCUUAAACUUGAUUAAAUAAAAUUUAAUGUUUUAUACUGCUGAAACUUGUUUUCUAAGAUUUGUAUUCUGUCACUAAUAUUUGAGGUUUAAACUGGCUACUGACACUGUAGUUUGUCAAUAAGUAUAGAAAUGGUAAAAAUCCAAUAAUGUUCAUGUAUGUAUUUUGCUGAAACUAAUUCUUGCUUUAUUUUAUUUAUUUUUGUCAUACUGCUAAAUAUUAGAUUCCCUCAGAUACUUUUGUCUGUUUUUAAUGAAAAAUCCUGAAAAAAUAAAAGUUGAAAGCCAUUAUAAGGAACUGCAGAAUAGUACAGGGAAAUAGUGAUUAAAUCUAGACACCCAAAACAUUAAAUAAAAACUGUUUGCACCAUGACUACUAUUUUCUACAGUUAUCUCUUAUGAUUUGCACUGUUGAUGGCUUAUCAUGCCUGAACAAGGCUCCUGAAAUUACUGUAUGAAUGCAGAAUAAAAAUGGCAGUGGGACUCUGCAUGAAGCAUGCCUAUGGCUGCCUCAGAAAGUUCCCCAUUAAAAACAAGCUGUGGAAUAGAUCCUGUUUUGAUCUCUUUAUUUUAUUUUAUUUUAUUUUAUCAAGCAGGAAGUUUUGAGCAUGAAAAGUUGUUACAGAAAUGUUUGGAGACAUUUGUUUUACUAUAACACUUCAUUAUCAAAAGCUAAACUGAGGUUCUGUCACUGGAGAUACUUUAAUGAAAUGCCAGCCACUUUCAAAUCUUCACACCCCUUCUCUUAUAUCUAACCAGCUUUAAUCUAUAUCGUGUCAGAGUACUGUCUAAAUAUUGACUGUGGUUUACUGUGAUCUGUACUUCUAAUGAGAAUCAUGCCAGGCUGUUGAUUCCUGUAACAUGCAUGUUUAAGAAUAUAGCUUGUGGCAUGAGCAGGUAGAAAUUCAGAGCUGAGUUUUUAGAAUAAGAAGUGAAAAGGGAGCAGGAGGAGUCCUUUUAAAGAUAGUUUGGGUUGGGGAGGUUGGCAUGUUCAGUUAACUAGGCAAGCAGACUGAUUCAUCAGGCAGAGUUUGAAAAGGUGCCAGUUAGCCAGCAAUGUGUUUUAUCUGCAGCCCACAUCUAAAGCUCUGUUGUUUUGGGUUGCAUGAUAUAAGCUCUUGGGUUUUUUUUUGUAGUAAUUUUUAAUUCGCAUUGAUAUCAGAAAAGAACUUGCAAAUGGUGUCCUGAUGUGAAAAGACUAAGUAGCUUAAAACAUAGCACAGAGAAGUAGUAACUGCCUUAUGCUUCUCAAAUGACGUGAUGUUAAGACCACUUGCUUGAUGGAUCUUAUUUCUGCUGCUGUGUGGCAGUAGCUCAAUAAAGAGCAGCAGUAAUAUAGGUGUCUGUGCCAAAUAGACAACCAAAUGUGUAAUUUUGUAAGCACAGCUUUGAAAGUGGAGCUAUACUGGAACUUUAAUAGUGUUUAUUGUGCAGCAGUGUGACAAAUGCGAGAUAGUGGCAUUUUAUUGCAGUUGCUUCAGCAGCAGUGCAGGAUUGCUGUGGGGAAGGCAAGGAGGCUAGUGGGGUGGCUCUCCUCUCAGAAUCUGUAGUGUUGUAAGAGCUUCCUUGGCCACAUUUGCAUUGCUGUGACUGCAGAGUUGUUCCAGGGUUUCUUUAAUCUUGUCCUCCUCAAUUUCGUGUCUCAGAUCACCUGAAUGGGAGAUUGAAUGCUAAUUUUUAAUAGCGUGCCAAAGCAUAAUGACUCCCAACAAUUGUUUCAAGAUACAGAUUUGGAGUAGUUGCUGUUUGAAAUCAGUUGCUGUGACUUAAAAGCCUUUCAACAAAUAUCCUUUAAUCCACUGAAAGUAUUGAACUGGUAAAAAAAACUUGUUCUCCUUUCCAAGAACUGAUUGAACAGAAUAAAAGCACUUAUUUUAUUCAGAAUAUGUUACA